AUGAAGUUGUGUAUUUUUAUUCUAUUAUUAGUUGGUGUAGAAGGUUGGUUCAUUUUUUUGGGAAGCUUUGAUGUUUUUUUUUUUAGUUAAUUGAAAUUUCUAGGAAAUUUUUGAAUAUUUUUUGCCCUGAACUUAAGAAUAUGGAUAUUAUCUUGUUUAUAUAUUUUUUUAAUUUCUGUAAUUCUUCAAAGAGUCUUGAGAACUGAAGAUUGAGCUAUAAUUAUUGACUCGAAAUUUCCAAAUGUUCAAAUGUUGUAAUCCGUAAACGUUUCAGGAAUUCAUUCUAAAAUCUUCAUUUUUUUUAGUAGUUUUAGUAGAAAAAUUUGUUCAAGCUUCUCACAUUUUUUGAUGUUUGAAGAUAGAUAAAUAUCUUGAAUUUUUGGAAAGUAGAAAAUUUAGAAAUUCAAUUUUCUUUUAAUUCAUUUUAAAUCCAAAAACAAAUAUUUCACACAACAGUGCAUAUUAUCUUUUGGUCAUGAAUUCUAAUAUUCUCAUUCGGAAAAUUUUAGUUGUUCAAUUUUUUCGAAUUCUUUUUUUUCUACGUAGUUUGAGAAUUGUUCCGAGUUUUACGUUCUUCAAAUUCAAGUUUUUAUAUUGCUAUAGGAGAUCUUCUGAUUCCGAAUUUCUAUUCUCACCUCAAAUGUAUUUAUCCCGAUCCUUGUUAUCAUGAUUUCAUACAAAUAUCGAAUGUCAAGAAAAAGUGUCAAAUGGCUGCUUUUCGGGGCAGGCAAACAAGACAAUGCAAGAAAAUACUUUUAUUCGUCCCUAAUAAUAGAAGAAGAAAAAGAAUUGGCCAGAUUUGUGCAAACAAUUCAAUUUCAAGUGCCGAUAGUCUUUCACACGAUUUAAACUGAUAUAGAUUUCAAUAAACUGUAAUCAAAAACAAUUAUUUAUUAUUUUUUUCAGGUAAUAUUUAUGGCAAUGUUCCACAACAACAAGAUUAUACACAAAUUUAUGGUAAGUUCUACAGUGAUUGAAACACUUCCAGAUUCCUCACAUUUUGAUUUUAAAAAUGCCAUUUACCAUUUUUCUCUAUCUAUUUGUUAAAAUAAAUCCAAAACCGAAAAGUUUACAUUUCGAAAAUACAAAAAUCAUAAUAAGAUGUCAAAUGGCUAUUUGAAGUGUAUUUGUGUGUGCAUUUAUUUGUUGACUCGGUUGUUGUUUGAAACCCAAAUAAAACACGAGACAGUCAGAAGAAAAACGAAUAAGAAAAUAAUUCGAAAUUGUGUGUGUGUGUGUUCGAAAAUAAAAAGGGUUUGAAAAACAAGCAAAUUAUUCCUUUUUAAUUAAUUUCAACUAAUUUUGUGUAGAUUAAAAUUUAAAUGGAGCAAGUACAGUAAGAAAUUAGUUAUUUGUGUUGUUGUUAUUGGGCUAGAUGGCAUUUCAGGAUAUUUCCUAAGUUUUAAGCUUCAGGCUUCGGGAUUGGUUUUUUUUAACCCAGACGUUCACAGGAACCCAAGCCAGUCUUGGCUAAGCUUGAAGUCUCAGGCCUGAAUCGCAAAAAAUCUCUCGACUACACUAUUACACUCUAUGAAAAAAUAUUAUUGCGUACAGACUCAUUAUAGUUUGAUUGAUCAAAUAUUUAAUAUUAAGCACUUGGCGGCAAAAAUUAGAAAUCAUAGAUUAAUAAUUUUAUCGUAUAAAAUUUUAUCAGAAAAUGUUUAUAUCCGAUGAUAAUAAAUAAUUAUGUAUUCGGGAAAAAUUGAGUUAAAAUUUUUUACGAAUGUUAAGGCUUUGUUUUUCAGCUCAACAACCACAGCAGCAAACCCAACAACAAUAUACAUUUCAACCAUCUCCAACUUAUAGUUAUAGUCAAGAAAAUUAUGCUCAACCUCAACCUCAACAACAAGUUCAACAACAAACUCAACAAUCUCAACCGCUCCAAUUUCAUUCUUACAAUUCUCAACCUGGUCUUCAAUAUGGAUCUGUUGAUCAACAACAACAACAACAGCAAGCAUCAUUUUUCCCAAAUCAAGCUGCAAUAAAUGCGGCAGCAAUUUCCUACGCAACAAAUAUCGCAUCACAAUAUGCCACUCAGGCACCAGUUGCACCACAAAUUGAUCAAGCAAAUUUGGCAAAAUACUCACAAUAUUUGGAUAUUUUGCAAAAAGCUUAUGGAAUUCAAUUACCUGGUGAAUUGGGAGGAACUUUAGGACAACAGCAACAAACACAAUUAACAUAUGAGCAACAGCAAGCGGCUCAACAAGCAGCUGCUGCUCAAGCUGCACAAGCUGCACAAUUGGCUGCGCAACAAAAAGCUGCUCAAGAAGCUGCUGCACAACAAGCCGCACAAUUGGCUGCACAACAACAAGUUGCUGCUCAACUUGCUGCUCAACAAGCCGCUCAACAAGCUGCUCAGCAGCAACAAUUGCAGCAGCAGCAACAGCAACAGCAAUAUAAUCUUCAACCAAAUCCAUAUGUAACUUCAACUUCUCAACAACAAUCUCAAUAUGUUCCACCAACACAAUAUGUUUCUCAACCUCCACCACAACAACCAGUUCAGCCUCAACCACAGCCACAGGUUCAGCCACAACCACAACCACAACCACAAUCACAAUCCUCUCAAUAUGUUUCUUCUCCACAAUCAAUUUCGAAUUAUCAAACAGCUGCCAUUUACAACAGUCAAAAUCAAGCGAAACCACAAGUUUUUACAUAUUCAGCGACUUCGGCACCAAUUCAAGUACCGGCUCCAGCUCCAAGAAUUCAAAAACCAACACAUUCGACAUCUUAUGUUGAUAAUCAUAGCCAAAUUAAUAGUGUGAUUGAAGAAGAAACACGUGGAAAUGUUGUAUCAAUGCCAAUGCAACCAAAUCCGGUAAGAAAUAAAAAAUAGAGAAAAAGAAAAUCUUGGGUUACUGUAGCUCUCCUACUGUUGCUGAAGAGAAGUUUUUAGUGAGAUCUCAAAAUUGAGAAAAAUUGAUCUACAUUUUUGAGUUUCCAAGAAGUUUCGAAACUUCUUCGUAGACCUCGGGGGUAGAAUCUUCAUAUUGAUUUCAUUAGUCUAACCUCAUCCCAAUUCUCGAAAUGUUUCCAGCAAGUAAAAAUGAUGCCUCAACCAUUACCACAACCACAAAAACCACUUCCUCUUCCAACAAUUUCUCAACCUCGUCCAACUCUUCCACCAAUUCAAUCAUCAGUUGUUGUUCCUCCUCGUCCAAUUUCAACGCGUCCUCCUCCUCCUCCACAAAUUCCAACAACACAACCAACAACUCGACCAGCUCCAAUCGCAACCACAACAAAAUCUCAAUCAACUCGACCAGCUCCAACUACACAAGCCGCUGUUCAAUCAUUGACACAACAAAUUCGAAAAUUACCAGCUGUUUUGUAUAUUGAUUCUCGACACGAAAACACGAAGAAAACAGAAACUUUAUUAAGAGAUACUUAUGGUUUACCAUUGGUUACAUUUUAUGUUGAUAAGAUUGAGAAACCAGCAGCUGUUGAAAGACAAUUACAACAAUUAACUGCUCAUAAAGGAUUACCGUAUUUAUUCAUUUGUGGAACAUUUAUUGGAAGUAAGUUAUUUUCAAAAUUUACAAAAAAAACGUUAUAGCACGAAAACAAAAAAUGAUUACUGUAAUAAUUUUAAGGUGAUCAACAUAUCGAAAAUUAUCAUGCAAAUGGACAAAUUCCUCAAUUAAUUGAAUAUGUUUGUGGAGAUGACAAAAAGAAGAAACAGAAAAAUAGCAAAAAAACAAAUUAA